GGAGCGAGCGCGGCGGGCGGCGGCGGCCGGGGAGGCCCGGGAGGCCGCGGCGCGGUCACUGCGAUUCGAGCCCAGCCGCGCCGUUCGCCCUCCGGCCCCGGCUCCAGCGCGCGAUCCCGGCCGGCGUCGCCGCCCCGGGGGGCCCGGCGGCGCCGCAGCCCAUGGAGCUCGAGAACAUCGUAGCGAACACCGUGCUCCUCAAGGCCCGGGAAGGUGGUGGCGGGAAUCGCAAAGGCAAAAGCAAGAAAUGGCGGCAGAUGCUACAAUUUCCCCACAUCAGCCAGUGCGAAGAGCUGCGCCUCAGCCUCGAACGUGACUACCACAGCCUAUGUGAGCGGCAGCCCAUCGGGCGCCUGUUAUUCCGCGAGUUCUGCGCCACGAGGCCUGAGCUGACCCACUGCAUCGCCUUCCUGGAUGGGGUGGCUGAAUACGAGGUGACCCCUGAUGAGAAACGGAAAGCAUGUGGGCGGCGGCUGAUGCAGAAUUUUCUGAGCCACACAGGUCCCGACCUCAUCCCCGAUGUCCCCCGGCAACUGGUGACUGAUUGUGCCCAGCGACUGGAGCAGGGGCCCUGCAAAGACCUCUUCCAGGAGCUCACCAGGAUGACGCAUGAGUACUUGAGCGUAGCCCCUUUUGCCGACUACCUCGAUAGCAUCUACUUCAACCGUUUUCUGCAGUGGAAGUGGCUGGAAAGGCAACCAGUGACCAAAAACACCUUCAGGCAGUACCGCGUGUUGGGCAAGGGCGGCUUUGGGGAGGUGUGCGCCUGCCAGGUGCGGGCCACGGGCAAGAUGUAUGCGUGCAAGAAACUGGAGAAGAAGCGCAUCAAGAAGCGGAAAGGGGAAGCCAUGGCGCUCAACGAGAAGCAGAUCCUGGAGAAAGUGAACAGUAGGUUUGUAGUGAGCUUGGCCUAUGCCUAUGAGACCAAGGACGCACUGUGCCUGGUGCUGACGCUGAUGAACGGAGGCGAUCUCAAGUUCCACAUCUACCACAUGGGCCAAGCUGGCUUCCCCGAGGCACGCGCGGUCUUCUACGCUGCUGAGAUAUGCUGCGGCCUGGAGGACCUGCACCGGGAACGCAUCGUGUACAGGGACCUGAAACCAGAGAAUAUCCUGCUGGAUGAUCAUGGCCACAUCCGCAUCUCCGACCUGGGGCUCGCUGUGCACGUGCCCGAGGGCCAGACCAUCAAAGGCCGGGUGGGCACCGUGGGCUACAUGGCCCCGGAGGUGGUCAAGAACGAGCGGUACACGUUCAGCCCCGACUGGUGGGCGCUCGGCUGCCUGCUCUAUGAGAUGAUCGCUGGCCAGUCACCCUUCCAACAGAGGAAAAAGAAGAUCAAGCGGGAGGAGGUGGAGCGGCUGGUGAAGGAGGUGCCCGAGGAGUACUCGGAGCGCUUCUCCCCACAGGCCCGCUCGCUCUGCUCCCAGCUGCUCUGCAAAGACCCCGCUGAGCGCCUGGGCUGCCGCGGGGGUGCUGCCCGCGAGGUGAAGGAGCACCCCCUCUUCAAGAAGCUGAACUUCAAGCGACUGGGAGCCGGUAUGCUCGAGCCACCCUUCAAGCCAGAUCCCCAGGCUAUUUACUGCAAGGACGUGCUGGACAUUGAGCAGUUCUCCACGGUCAAGGGCGUGGAGCUGGAGCCCACCGACCAGGACUUCUACCAGAAGUUUGCCACUGGAAGUGUGCCCAUCCCCUGGCAGAAUGAGAUGGUGGAGACCGAGUGUUUCCAGGAACUCAAUGUCUUUGGGCUGGAUGGCUCGGUUCCCCCAGACCUGGAUUGGAAGGGCCAACCGCCCGCACCCCCCAAAAAGGGACUGCUACAGAGGCUCUUCAGUCGCCAGAGGAUUGCUGCGGAAACUGCAGCGACAGCGAAGAAGAGCUCCCCGCCCGUCUCGAGCUCCCCGCCCGCCUCUAGCCCGCAGUCCGAGGCCCCCAGCGGCGACUGGCGGUAGCAGCUCCUCAGGAGUGCUGUUUACAGUUUGCACAGUGGUCUUCCCCAUGGUCCACUCAAGGCGUGGCCCUGGGGAACAUAGCCGCCGGAGCUGGCCCCCAGUGUCCUCUAGCCCCUCAGCCCCUGGCCCCGGGCUGAACUUGGCAAGGCCUGGGUGACGGUUCCUGGGACAAAGGUGCGUGUCCCUUCGUCUCCUCCAGAACUUGGGGGGAAUCUCUGUAUUUAUGUCUUUGUACGAAUGUAUAUAGGAAAGAGCAUUCUUAAUCUCCCAUGCUGGACUGGCCUGCUCUCAGCUCCCCGCCGGAGCAGACUGCCCAGAGGAGCCACUGCCAAAGUCAAGGCUCUUCGGGUCCAGAUCACAUGGACCAAG